AUGUCUACUCUUACCAUACCGUCCUCACCUUACCACCAUGCUUUCCCAGGAGAGCGGGCGUGGCAUGACACUCGUGUGGAACGGUCACCUGCACCUCGAGAGAGAAUUGCACUGCCUUCUAUUCGACAGGCUUUCCCAGAAUUACAACAUCAUUUACAGCCAGAAGCAUCAGCUAGGAAACUGUCUGCCAGUGCUACUUCCAAUAGGGGCCCUUACACUGGCAUGAUAACGCCACCGGAAUACGUCCACUCACCAACUCAUCAGAAGAGGCGGCGAUUAUCAUUUGAGCACGAGAAGGAGGGCGAAAGAGUGAAUCAGGUCCCAAGACUAUAUAAUGGCCCACAAAGUACCAUUUCUCGACAGCAAUCACCACCUUCCCUCCACAGACCCGGUUCAGAAUGGGACACCUCAAGCCAGAUUAGCCCCCAUAGCGGGCACGGCACCCUUCCUUUCAUGAGAUCUACCGUGGGCGUACAACCUCGUGAACGAGUGGAAACUAGGCCUACUCUACACAGCCUACCGCUACUCAACUUCGAGAGACUCGAGAGACCCGCGAGCGAGACUGUUCGAGUUCGAAAUCACCCCAAUGAUGAAUAUGCCGCCCACGAAAGGAUAAGGAGGCCGAGCGUUGCAAGCAGUAAUAGCCAUAGUACGGACGGAGGUUCGCCUGCCUACAGACCCCCCAACUUCGGAUACGCGUUCCACCACCCCAACCGAGUACAGUCCCAUUCCGUAGGGUCUGUCCACCCCUUUGACAGGACACCUUUCUCACCAGGGUCGUACGGACAUCAGUUUCACGACAACUUCAUGCGUGUGAGCGAGUUUGGGGUGGGAAUAAACGGCGACAACAAGCAGCGGAAGCGUCGUGGGAAUCUACCCAAGGAAACUACAGACAAGCUCCGGGCCUGGUUCGUCGCUCACCUACAUCACCCAUAUCCGUCAGAGGAGGAGAAGCACGACCUGAUGAGACAAACUGGCUUACAAAUGAAUCAAAUAUCUAACUGGUUCAUCAACGCGAGGAGGCGGCAAUUACCGACCAUGAUCAACAACGCCCGUGCCGAGUCCGACGCCAUGACCGUUCGUGGAGAGAGUAACCUACUGCCAUCCACUGAACGAAUAGACUACGAACCCGAGAGCAAGCCCCUGAGUGAUGGGGAGGGAAGCACAUAUCGAGAAGUCGAGUUAGAAUCACUGAAGCGACGCAGAGUUACGAACAUCAACCGCGGUAGCAUAUAG